UCCGUCUCUCUCAUCAUCACCAUGGAUUCAGCACUUCUUCCCUAAAAUUCAUAAACCCUUAAAAGAGGACACCCACGUCACAAGAUUCACAAACAAUCAAAACCCACAAAGAAAAAACGAGAAUUAUCAAAACCUUUUUGGAGGGUUUGAUUUAUUCUUUGAAUUUUUCUUGAAUUUUUCGUCAUUUGUUAUUGAUUCAUUUGAGGAGUAUUAUGUAUAGAUCUGGAGCUGUGAUGGCUUGGAAUGUGUUCAAAUUCUGUACGGCCCUCAGAGGAUUAGGUUCGAUCAUGAUCUUGUUGGUUCUUGGUGUUGUUGGGGUCACCUAUUACGCCGUCGUUUUGUGCAAUUAUGGCCCUGCUUUGGCCGCCGGUGGCCUUGAUUCCCUCAUCGCACUUGUUAUCUUAAUCGUAUUUCAUACCCUGCUGGUGAUGCUGUUAUGGAGUUAUUUUUCGGUGGUUUUCACGGACCCUGGUGGUGUGCCGCCUAAUUAUAGGCCACUUGUAGAUCAAGAAAGAGGAGACAUUGAUCCAUUGGAGGCAACUGAAUUUGGCCCGUUGGCUACACCUGAUCCAACCAAUGCAAGAAUCCGUUAUUGUCGAAAGUGUAACCAGUUAAAACCACCUCGGUGCCACCAUUGUUCUGUUUGUGGGAGGUGUGUGCUGAAAAUGGAUCAUCACUGUGUGUGGGUUGUAAACUGUGUUGGGGCACUAAACUACAAGUAUUUUCUUCUCUUCCUGUUCUACACGUUUCUCGAGACCACGGUUGUAACUUUAGCCUUGUUACCACAUUUCAUAGCAUUCUUUAGUGAUGGAGAGAUUCCCGGAUCACCUAGCACGCUAGCAACAACCUUUCUAGCUUUUGUCUUGAAUUUGGCUUUUGCUUUAAGUGUUCUCGGGUUUCUGAUUAUGCACAUAUCAUUGGUGUCUGCUAAUACCACAACAAUUGAGGCAUACGAGAAGAAAACUAGUCCAAAAUGGCGUUAUGAUCUUGGUCGCAGGAGGAACUUUGAACAGGUAUUUGGAACAGUACAGAGGUAUUGGUUUAUUCCAGCUUAUUGUGAUGAAGAUUUGCGAAAAAUGCCCGCCCUUCAAGGCAUCGAGUAUCCAUCCAAGCCGGAUUUGGACGCCCAAGAAUUCUAAAGCGGGAAUCGAAUAAACCGUUUUCUGGGUUUAUAGCAUCAUCCCCCCGACCCCCCAUCACACGACGGACUGAACAGAUUGCAACAGAUUUUAGGUAUAGGUGUUUUUAACUUGCGUAGAAAUAGCGGCUUGACUGUAAGAAAGGGGGAGGAGUUUGAUGAACCGAAUGUUUAUUCAUCGGGGUACGGUUUUUCGGCUUGGGGUGGAUGGAAGUUAUUGUAAGCUAUAUAUAGGGUUUGCCAAGAAAUGUACAUUAGUAACGUUUUGAAGAAUUGCCCACACUUAAUGAACCCGCAACUUUGUGUCGGUUUUCGUUGCAAGCUGUCGUUUAUUUUGGCGAAUGAUCUGUCGUCGUUUUGAUUUUCAAUUGUAAGUUUCUUAUAAGCUAA